UGAAAAAAAAUUGGAGAUAAAACAAGUACAAAAAAAGAAAGAAAAUAAAGCGGACGAACAUUGUAUAAAAACGUAAUAAAAAGGAAGACAAAGAAAAAAAAGAGUAAUUGAAGAAGAGAGAAAGGGUGGCAUUACGAGGACCAAAUAAAAGAGCCUCGUGACGGAGGGGCUUCGUACGGCCCUGGCGCGACUGCGGCAUUGCACCCCCACAGGGGGUUCUUUGCCAAACUCACCAAACUCCCCUUCUACACCGGAACAUAAAAAUCACGGAUGCCUGGUGGAUGGUCGUGGGUCAAACCGUAGAAGCAAUGGCAAUUCAAAAAAUAACGAUGGGAUCGAUUCAACAACAACUGAAUCACAGUCGCAAUCGCAAAUAUCACGUGUUUCUAAUGCCACGUAUCGUUAUAAUGGAACAGAAAAUUCUCGCGAAACCGAUUUAUUAUCGCAUGCUGCCUCUGCAUUACGGAGAUUGCACUUUAAAUCUGCAGGCGGAAGUCGAAGUUGCCGCACUGUUCCGAAAGUUGUCGUUAUGGGGUCGAGUACUGCUUCCGAAACAACAAUUAAUACUAGCACUGAUAGUGCUAAUACAAUGCUCACAAUGGUGACAACAACGGAUGGAGAACAACCAGAUGACAGUUUUGAUUUAAUGGACAUUCCAUCGGAGAUGUCACCAUCAAUUGCUGCUGCAUCAUCAAUGGAUGUACCAUUAUCUGAACCAAUUUUAUCGGCUCCACUUCCUUCAUCUCCGCCAAUUCCAUCUUCUUCCUCUCCAUCGAUUGAAUAUUCGACUGAAGAUGAGAAAGGAUUUAAAAUGUGUCCACCGUUAACUGGCACUGAUUUGAAAUCAGAUAUUCCUAUUACUUGCCUUGAUAUUCGUGCAUCUAGUAUUUCAAAUCUCCUUGAUGAAACCGAUGCUCCUUCAACUGAUUCAACGCCUAUUAUAAUCCAUAGUACUGUCAAUGAGACUAUCAGGGUAUCUGUUUCCGGAAGAACCCCACCUCUUCCAGACCUUCGAACAACAGAUUUUUUUAGCACACCUGUAAGAGGUUCGGUAGAUGCUGGUCAGCCAGAGAGAGAUAGUUCAAAUUCGAUGUUAACAUUAAUUGUCGAUAGAUCUCGAGAAGAUGGGAAUCGAGAAAAUCGAUUAAACGAUAUUGUAUCCAAUGAGAGAAAAUAUGAAGAAGGAAAACUGAAUGUGAACGUUACUACGAAUCCUUUGGAUAUAUCAUUAAUAGAAACUUGUACUAAUAAUAAUCAGUCAUCUGACAAUUCUGGAAGACCUAGUAGCUCGACUAAACCUCGAAGAAAAAUAACUGAAUCGCAUCCCCUCGUUUCAACCAUUCAUUCAUGGGUCAGGCUCUUUUUCCCGUUUUGCGCAAUAGGAGGCAACACGAGUGGAAAUAAGAGAUCAACGCAAGCGGCAACGAUUGUGGUACAACAACCAUCACUCUCAUUGGACGGAUCGAGUGGAGCUGCUACGAUACUAUUACAUCCAGAGUUGGAUGUUAGACGUCGAGAAGAAAAUAUGAGACAAUUAUUAGAUGUUGCGAACACAUUGACAUUACAAGAGAUACACGAUUUUGAAAUGAGAUAUGGCAGUCCACAUCACAGUAGAUCUCAAUCAGUUAAGACUCCUGGAAGUCGUUCAUCAGGUAGACCAAAUUAUUUAUGUCUUCCUCAACAGAGAUCAAGAGUUGCAAGCAUGCCAAACACUGGUGUAGAGGAAGAAUAUUACAGGCUUCGACAUUUCAGUAUAACUGGUAAAGGAAUUGUAAACCGAGGAGAUUCGUUGAAAAGUCGAAGAUCUCGAUCUAACAAUAGCGUUGCUUCGAGCAACUCAAGUACGGAACAUCUAACAGCUUCGUAUCCUGGUUCAGCAAGAAAUUCAGCAGCGGGCUCAUUGGCAAGUUCCCGUGAAAGCAGUGCGUCUCAGGGACCAACGCCAUAUCGUGUUUUAAUGCUGGGAGCUCCAGCCGUAGGAAAAAGUUCGUUAGUUUCUCAAUUUAUGACAUCGGAAUAUCUUCAUGCAUAUGAUACAUCAAUUGAUGAUGAAUCAGGGGAGAAAACUGUUAGCGUCCUUUUAGCUGGGGAAGAAUCCGAACUGACUUUUAUUGAUCAUUCUAGUGCGGAAAUGACGCCGGAAACUUGUAUAACCACAUAUGAACCACAUGCUUAUUGCGUCGUCUAUUCUACAACCGAUCGAGCUUCAAUACGUGUAGCAGAAGAAGUUUUGCAAACACUUUGGCGCAGCGAUUAUGUAUCAGCUCGAGCAGUGAUCCUUGUUGGAAAUAAAGUUGACCUUGUUCGCAGUCGAUUGGUCUCGACCGAAGAGGGAAAAUCUAUGGCUACAUCUUAUGAUUGUAAAUUUAUUGAAACAUCCGUUGGGAUCAAUCAUAACGUUGACGAACUUCUUGUUGGCUUACUUACACAAAUUCGGCUGAAGCUUGAGAAUCCUGAAAGAACAAGAGAUUUAUUUCGGAAGAGAUCGCGAAAAAAUCGUAGUAAAUCACCUUUAGGAUCUUGUUCUGAAAAUAAUUCGCCGAAAAAAUAUCGAGGUAGUCGUACAAGUACCAGUUUGAAGGUACGAAAUUUAUUAGGUAAGGUAUGGUCAAGAGAUAGCAAAUCUAAAAGUUGUGAAAAUUUACAUGUUCUUUAAUCGUUUGGACGAAGAAAUGCGACACGGUUUUUUAUUAUUAAUCAAAAUGUCAAUUAAUCACUAAAUUAAUUUUCAAUUUCUAUUUUAUUCUAUUUUUAUUUCUAUUCUAUCUCUUUAUUUUCAUUAUAUUUUCUUUUUUUAUU